GUGACGACCGGCUAACUAGCUGCACUGCGGUGUGCUACUAGCUGUUACUGCACCCGGAUGUAUUUUCGAUAUCAUAGCUAGCUAUGUCGCAUAGUUUGGAGACCGCGUCUAUCCUGCACUUCCCAAUGAAAUCUGAUCUUUGUUUUUUCUGAAGAUUUUUUCAGAGGAAAAUAACAAUAAGGACCGAUGCUUUCAUGGGACUACAGAUGCCGAUGCCUUUGAUGGGAUUGUAUUGCAUGAAGCAUAAUGAGGGUGUAUUGAAAAACAGGACAGAACCUUAAUGUUAACAUUUGGAGGUGCUGAAUCUGCAUACUUUUGGGGGGAAGAAGAUCUGCAUAAAAUGAAGAUGGAGGAAACAUGCGUUGUUAGAAAGAAUAUAGUCMAUUUUUAACCUCAGGCCAAAUCUUAUUGGUCUUAAAUUGUGUAUUGGGAAACAGAUAUCAUAUAUCAAGAUGACUUCAGAAGGAUACCAGUACAGAGCACUGUAUGACUAUAAAAAGGAGAGGGAGGAGGACAUUGAUUUGCAUGUAGGCGAUAUACUUGUGGUGAGCAAGGGUGCUCUGCUGGCCCUAGGCUGCCCUAAUUGGGCUGAAGAAAAACCAGAUGAGAUUGGGUGGCUGCCAGGAUUCAAUGAGACAACUCAUGAAAAAGGUGACUUCCCCGGGACUUACGUUGAGUUUGUGGGAAGAAAAACAAUUUCACCACCAACACCAAAACCAAGGCCACCUAGGCCUCUUCCUUCCACAUCAGAUCUAGCCAGGACAGAUUCAGAAUCAGAGGGCUUCAUGUUGCCAGAUCUGCCAGAGCAGUUUGCUCCUCCAGAGACUGCAUCACCCAUCCUGGUCAAGCUUCUGGAGGCAAUAGAAGGCAAAGGUUUGGAAUGUCCAACCCUUUAUAGAACUUUCACAGCAGCUUGUGGGCUGGAUAUGAGACAGUUCACUGACUGUGAUUUGGAGCCUUUGGACCUACAGUCGCUAUGUGAUGGCCUUUGGAGAUACCUGCAGGAUUUGCCUAAUCCAGUUGUUCCCACCUCUCUCCAAAGUGAGAUGAUUCAUGCAGCACAGGAGGUAAAGGAUCCAAAGGACUGUGCCCAGUUGUUGCGCAGAAUAGCCAGCUCACCUACCCAUCCGCCCCAAUACUGCCUCACGUUCUACUGCCUCAUCAAACAUUUCUGCCGAAUUUCUCAGAACACCAGCAAAAACCAACUCUGUGUCAGAGACUUGGCGGAAAUCUUUAGCCCUGUGCUUUUCAGGCUUCAACCAGCAAGCUGUGAGGCCAGCCUGGAUUCCCUUAUCAAGAUUAUAGAGAUCUUGGUCAACAGUGAAUUGAGUGAAACCCAGGCUGCUCCAGCUUUGCCCCCGAAACCACCAAAGGCCACUACUCCAGUUCCAAACAACGGGUUCAACAACAACAUGGCCUUGCAAGACGGGGAGUGGUACUGGGGAGACAUCUCAAGGGAGGAGGUGAAUGAGAAGCUGAGAGACACAGCUGAUGGUACGUUUCUGGUCCGAGAUGCAUCCACCAAAAUGCAUGGAGACUACACACUGACUCUGAGGAAAGGAGGAAAUAACAAACUGAUCAAAAUAUUCCAUCGGGAUGGGAAAUACGGCUUCUCAGACCCACUGACAUUCAACUCGGUGGUUGAGCUCAUCAAUCACUACAGACACGAGUCCUUAGCCCAGUACAACCCAAAGCUGGACGUGAGACUGCUGUACCCAGUGUCAAGGCUCCAGCAGGACCAGGUUGUUAAAGAGGACAACAUUGAAGCUGUCGGUAAAAGGCUGCAGGAGUACCACCUGCAGUUCCAGGAGAAGAACCGAGAGUACGAUCGUCUGUACGAGGAGUAUACAAGAACAUCACAGGAAAUUCAAAUGAAGAGAACGGCCAUUGAGGCAUUCAAUGAAACCAUUAAGAUCUUUGAGGAGCAGUGCCAAACCCAAGAGCGCUAUAGCAAGGAGUACAUUGAAAAGUUCAGGAGAGAGGGUAACGAUAAAGAAAUCCAGAGAAUCAUGGGAAACUACGACAAACUGAAAUCGAGAAUAAGUGAGAUUGUGGACAGCAAACGGCACCUGGAGGACGAUCUGAAAAAGCAAGCAGCGGAUUACAGGGAGAUCGAUAAGAAGAUGAACAGCAUCAAACCUGAUCUGAUUCAGCUCCGCAAGACCAGAGACCAAUACCUAAUGUGGCUGACACAAAAGGGAGUGAGGCAGAAGAAGCUGAAUGAAUGGUUGGGUAUCAAGAAUGAAAACCCAGAGGAUGAGUACUCAAUGGUUGAAGACGACGAGGACCUCCCACAUCAUGAUGAACGUUCGUGGAGGCUAGGCAACAUCAACCGGCUGCAGGCAGAAGCUCUGCUCCGGGGGAAGAAGGACGGAACAUUCCUGGUCCGGGACAGUAGCAAAGCUGGCUGCUACGCCUGCAGUGUUGUUGUGGAGGGUGAGGUGAAGCAUUGUGUUAUCAACAAGAGUCAUACGGGCUAUGGAUUUGCAGAGCCGUAUAACCUGUAUGGCUCCCUAAAAGAACUAGUCCUGCACUACCACCACACGUCCCUCGUACAGCACAAUGAUUCUUUAAAUGUCACGCUUGCCUACCCAGUUUACACACAGAAGAGGCGGUGAUGAAGUCAUGGUGAGGACUUGGACUUCAUGAUGGACAAUCAAGAUGACUUCUUUGGAAAUGCAAAUGCCUAGGAUGGUAUCAAUUMAAUUAGGGAACCAUUGGUACAGGUAUUUGACAUUUUGGAAAUUUCAAAAAUCAGGAGAUGGUCCUCGUUUAAACUUUUUUUUUUUUAAUAUAUAGCUUUUUCCUUUGGAUAGCCAUGAUUACGUAUGUGUGAGUGAACAUGGUAUGUGCAGUCAAGCCUACUAAUUGAAAAAAGGAGGAGAGACUUGAAGCAGCAGGUUUUUCAGACACAGAUUAAGCCUGGUCCUGGGCUAAAAUGCAUGGUCAAUGGAAAGUCUCCAUUGAAAUGGCUUUUUAGUCCCGGACUAGGCUUAAUCUGUGUCUGGGAAACUGCAUUUUCAGUGUUUGCAUUUAACUGAAAUGUUUGGCUUUCAAUACCAAAAUCUUCAUUCAACAUCCUGACACUGUCAAGUGUAAGUUUUUGUUGUGCUAUGCAAUGCUGUCUGCGUCCUCAGAAUUAAUAUGUACCCUAAAUAUAUUUGUAUUUUUUUUUUGUCAUGAUUAUUGGCCAUCAAUGUAGGCUACCUAUUAGCUAGACAUGGUGUGGGACAUUUUUCAUUCUCUACUUCUACACACAAGACUUAUUUGGUUUAGACUUUGUCUGUAAAAUGUUAAAAGCAUUCACAUUAGAGUAAUUUUAAAUGUAUUAGAAAUAUAUAUAUAUAUAUAGACACACACACAGUACCAGUCAAAAAUCUGGACACCUACUCAUUCUUUAUUUUUU